AGGUUGCAGAUGCCGCUUGGAUCCCACAUGGCUGUGGCUGUGACUGCGGCUGUUAGCUGCAGCUCUGAUUCGACCCCUAGCCCAGCUGCAGGUGUGGCCCUAAAAAGAAAAGAAAAAAAAAUAAAUCAUGAUCAGCACAUAAUCAUGGUCACUCAGAAUAUAGGUUCUGAGAUUGAACCUCUGCUAGUUAUUCAUGGUUAGUGGAGCAGGUGUUCCAGGUUCUAGAAAAAUCUCAAUUCAAGCCAUUCCCCACUGUCCUGUUAAGUCUGUGCAGGCCCCCUGCCCAAGGACUAGAAAUGUGGGGACUUUGCUGCUUUUUGCCAUCUCCUGGGAGGCUGCCUCAAGGCAAUCAGGACUUCGGCACUCUUCUUGCUGUCAUUUUGAGGUUGGCCAGACCCUGCUCAGAAUCUCUUGCCUUCAGCCCACUCUUGCCCACACUUCCUAAGAAAUAACAGACCUGCCUGGAUCUCUGGACCAUGGCUGGACUUCUCUAUUGAAAGACUUUUCUCUGUGGGGAGUCUUAGGCUUCCUAAAGAUCAGACCCAAUUGUUGAAAACAAAAUUGAGGGGGUUUUGGCUGAAAUGUCAGCAAACCACAGCACACCUUGAGUUCUCUCCUCAGUGUCUUCAAACAGCUGGCCCUUCUCUGCUGGCUCUUUCCCCCCAACCUCAACCAUCCUCCAGCCUCACAUUAUCCUUCUCAAAACGUUCGCCUUCCCUGAUGUCAUGACAUCAGCUUCUUCUUUUUCCCCUGCCUCUCUGACCAUGGCUCUUAGUCUUCUGCGCCACCCACCCUCAUCUUCAGUUUUGGUAUUCGCCAAGUUCUUUCCUCCAACUUUUCAUGUUUAUGGACAUACACACACACAUUACACACAUCCCUGCAUAAAACAAAAGCAUUAGAACUUACCCUUCUUUUUGUUUCUCUGUCAUUUGGUGGUAUCACAAUUGACCUGAGUCAGGAAGAAACCUGGGUCUUGCCUAAGUCUUGUCUUCAAACUCAGAUCCAGUCAGCCACUGAGCCCUGGCAGUUUAACCUUGAUGUGUUUUUUCUCUCUAUCCCCUUUUCUCCAACCCCAGUGGCUCUACCUUUUUCCAGCUUUUAUCACCUCUUGCAAUGCCUUUUUUCUGGUGCCCUGACUCCAGUCUAAUCAUCCCUUCCCAUUCUCUCCACACUGCUCCAGAGUGAUCUGUCUGUCUAAAUCCGACAAUGGGCUUAAAGUCCUUCAAUGGCUCCCCUUAUUUCCAGUUAAAGUCCAAUGCCCUAAACAUGACUCACAAAGACUUUCGUGGUCUUAAGCCUUCCUCCCAUUCUAGUCUCAUCACCUGCCACUCCACCCCCUGUCAUUUAAGAGCCCAGCAAAAUUGAGCUAUUCCACACUCCUGCCAUGUAGCAUGUAUGUCUUCCUCCCAUCUCCUUUCUCCUUUUUUUUUUUUUUUUUUUUUUUUUUUUUGGCUUCCCUAUUCUUUUCUUUAUCUGGUUCAUUUCUACCUCCUACUCAUCCUUCAUGCCCCAGCUUUCUUUGAAGAAGUCUCCCUUAAUUCCCAAGGGUGGGGUAGAUGCUUCUGUUGUGUGUACCGAAAAAACACUCUGUGCAAACCUCUAUUCUAGCCCUUGGCAUAGUAUUAAAAUUAGCUGCUUAUUCAUUUGCCUUACUUACUGGCCUAUGAGCUCUUCAUGGGCAAAGACCAUAUUAGUUUUGUAUCUGCAGCACCCAGCACCCCUAAAAUGUGGGACCAGAACUGAAUUAGUGGUUGAGACCUUUUAAUCUCCUUUUCUUGUACUGCCCUCUGCCUUUCUCUCAUGGGCUCAGCAUUCUCAGUUGCCAGGGCUUUUUCUUGCUUGAUACUUCCUGCCAAUCUCUCUCUCUCUCUCUCCAUCUUGAAUUAUUGACUGCUUCAGUAGCUCUAAUAUUUUCUUCCUAUGGAGAAUUCAUUGAGCAGGAGGCUGGUGAUCAGAAAGCUUCCAUGCCAGUUUCUAAAGAGGGACUCCAAGUGUGUGCUGAGCCCUGGAGACAUGAUUGGACCAGUACCAGCCUUCCAAGCGCCUGUUUUGCAAGACAGCAGUCCCAUGGCUGUGACCCAGCCGCCGCCUCCAUCUCAGACGGAGACUGUGACGCCCGGGGGGAGGGUGAGUCAGUAGCCAUGAAUUACAAACCAUCCCCGCUCCAAGUAAAGCUGGAGAAGCAGCGGGAGCUAGCCCGGAAGGGCUCCCUGAAGAAUGGCAGCAUGGGUAGCCCAGUCAACCAGCAACCCAAGAAGAACAAUGUCAUGGCCCGGACAAGGCUGGUCGUCCCCAAUAAAGGCUACUCCUCGCUUGACCAGAGCCCAGAUGAGAAGCCACUGGUAGCCCUUGACACGGACAGUGAUGAUGACUUUGACAUGUCCAGAUAUUCCUCCUCUGGCUACUCCUCUGCUGAGAUCAACCAAGAUUUGAACAUCCAGCUGCUGAAGGAUGGCUACCGGUUAGACGAGAUCCCCGACGACGAGGACCUGGACCUCAUCCCCCCCAAGUCCGUGAACCCCACCUGCAUGUGCUGCCAGGCCACGUCCUCCACCGCCUGCCACAUUCAGUAGCGGGCGGGGCCGCUGCGGCCACCCGGGGUGGGGCCACCAGGGGCCAAGUGAGACCGGGCAGGGGCCACCCCCUCCCCAGCUCGUCCGUCUGCCCCUGGCCCCCAUGACCCCUACAGCCGCCAACCUCGUAACAGUCAUUGCUUCCUCCUAUGGUAGGACGUGUACCUCUGUGUGUUCAUGGAGCCGGAGAAACCAAAACCGGGUCUCUCUCCACCCUGGCAGGGGGGGAAGGGGAGGGGCUGAGGAGGGGAGGGGGCUGUUUGAUCAGUUACAUGAAGACUUGGCCCGGGACCCUGCCCCCUCCCCAAAGAUGCAGCCCGGUGGGGGAAGGGGUGACCGGACUGCAAGGAGGCCAACGGCAGUGAGUGGUGGGGGGAAUCACAAAGCCAGGGGUGUGGCCCCACCCCAGCGAAGCCAUGAGCCCUCAGCCCCAGCCAUGGAAAGGGACUGGGAGGGAGAAUGGCCCAGGGCAGUAGGGGCGAGGCCUAGCCUCUCAGAGCCCCACCCCGAGCCCCCCCUGCUGGCCCCUGUACCAUUUGCAUUUCUCCCCUCAACUCCAGAUGGGAAACCUGGCAAAGCUGUCCAGUGGGAUAUUGCCCUCUGGCCAUGGGAUCACUGCCUUCUUCCUCCUCUUCCUUCCCCCCAUUCACCCCCUUCCUUGCUCUCUGGGUUGUGUGGAGGGUGAGGUGGGCCUUAGAGACAGCCAGGGUCCGCGUGGUAUGACCUGUCUUUACCUGGCCCUAACUAUUGCAUCUAUCUGUGCACCCCCACCUCCCCUUCCAUGCACACUUCUGUUGUGUUCAUUGGUCUCUGUCCUGGGCUGGGAGCAGGAGGUAAGGCUGGCCUCGGAUACCCCAUUUCUGUCUCACUCUAGCCCUAGAUCCCGGAGGCUGCUUCCCAGGAAGACUCUUUAAGGAAGCAAGUUUAGGAGGAUAGCGUGGCUGCACGUGUAUGGUGGGGACAGCUGCGCAGAAUGUGUGCAUGCCUGGGGCUGUCAGGGUGUGUGUCUGCAUCUCUGUGUUGGGCCUGUCCCUCUAGAUGUCUGUGGGGUCCAUGGUGGGACAGUGACUGUGUGGCCUGUUGAACAGCGUGAGAGGCUACUCAGCAGUGCUGUGGAUUGAGAGUCCUGGACGGGGGUCUGGAGCCUGGAUUCUGGUCCCGCCUGUGGCACUCUCCGUUAUCUCCGCCUAGCCACUUACAUUCCCUGACCUUCACUUUUUGCCACUGUACAAUGAGCAGCAUCUGAAAUUAUUUUCAAGGCCCUUUCAAACCUGAAGGAAUUUCUCCAUAAGGAUUUCCGUGGAGGCAGAUAGAGAGAGAGAGGUCUCUGUGUGUCUUUGCGUAGUAGAGCUGGGGGCUUCCUGAGUUGCAUGUCUGUGUAGAAAGGAGAGGAUGAAGCUCCUCUGGAACCCUGUGUAUGUCUGAACACCUGCAGAUCUAUUUGGGAAUGUGUGUGUCUCUGUCUGUCUGUGUCUGUGAAUGUGUACAUGGGUAUCUGUUGUGUGUGUAACUGUAUGAGGUGUCUGUGAGUCAGAAGAUAUGUACUGCUGCUUCUCCGCUGUUGUUGGUUGGUGGCAGGGGCGGGGGUGGUUGCCAGAAAAGCUGAGGAUGAAAAUCAAGAGGGAGGAGGUGACAAUAUAGACCCGCCUGGGCAAUAUAGACCUACCCUUUGUGAAGAAAAAUGGAAGCACAGAUAGCCAACACCUGGUCAGGUCUGUGCCCCACGAACCCCAGCCCCAGGGCCCUUCCUCCAUGCUGAGGCCCCCCCACACACACCAUGCGGGCAAAUCCACUACAACCUAUACACUCAAAUGCUGCAAGCAUGUGGAGGACACACCCGCAGCCCACUCUCCAGCUACCAGUCCUGCCUGGGGAGUUGGAGGGGGAGGGGGCAGUGAGAAGAGAGAGAGUGGGGCUGCUGGCUUAGGAAGGGAAGGACCUCUCCUGGACAACACCCAGGGGCUACCAGUUCCAAAAUGCUGAGGUGCAGCUCUCCCCACUCCAUCCCUCUAACCCACCCCCACCUCCUUUAGUGCAGGGACCCUGAUUUACAUGAUGGGAAGAUGCCAGAGGGAGGGAAGGGUAGAGAAGGCACCCACGGAGCCCACAAGGCCCAUACUGGCCCCAUCUGGGCCCAUCUCUCCCACCCUAGUCAGGGUACCCACUCUGUCAUCUGGGCCCCAGAACCAAGCUUCCUGCUACUGCCACCACCACCCCAGGCUCCUUGACUCACCCUUCAAGAACAUGGGUACCUUCUCUUUUCUGGGCAGCAUCCCCACCAAGGCUUCUCUAGACUGCUGCCUUUGCUGCCAACAUGCUGUGUGACUCUGGCCCACUGCGCAACCUCUCUGGCCCUAAGGAACAAGGGAAAGGCUCCCCCACCCCCACCCCACAAGAUAACACCUAGUUCUCUGGCAGGCAGGGGCUUCCGACUGAGGCAGUGUGGUGGAAAGAGGCAGGAAGCUGGCAGGCAGCACCUUCGGGGUCUAUGGAGAGAGCGUGGUUCCCUCCUCCCCUAAUUGGGAGGUUGGAGGGGAGGAAUUGAGGCCUUAGCUUGCCCCCUGCCCCCUUCCCUGUGUAGAUACUGCCUUAACACUCCCUCUCCCCUCAGCCCUGGCUGCCACCUAGCCGGGUUUCUCCGCGCUCACUAAUUUAUUUCCAGGAAGGUGUGUGGAAGACAUGAGCCGUGUAUAAUAUUUUUUUUAACAUUUCCAUCGCAGUAUUGACCAUCAUCCUUGGUUGUGUAUCGUGUAACACAAAUAAUGAUAUUAAAGGCAUCAAACAAGCCAGCCUCAGCUCCCUACCUGGGACAUGGGCAAGGGGCAGACGGGCUGGGAAGGGCAGACAACCCACCCUCUGAAUGCACAUUUCACUUCCACCUCCACUCAUGGGUUCCCAGGCCAGGCCUGCCACCAACCAGCUGCACAGCCCUGGGCAAGUCACUUGACCCCUCGGAACCUCCGUUUCUCUUCAUCACAGUGAGAAGCUCGGCCUAGAAGACUUCCAGGGGGCCUUCUGAACUCUUGGAAAUUGGGCUCCUUUGAGAAGCUUGAAGCAGGAAGAGACUGGGGUAGGGAGGAAAUCGGACUUCAUCACCUCUCCAGGGAUAGGGCUGAGCCAGGUGAUAUCAUAAUGGGCAGUGCCAAUCCUAGCGAGGGGAUCAGGGUGGGGUGGGAGCAGGAAGCCUGUGAGGGAGGGAAGCUGAGAGAUCCUGCACAGGAGCGGGUCAUAGCAGCUAAGGGCACCUGCCGGGCUUUCUGGGAAGGGGGGGAGGGGUGGUCACUGAUGUCUUGCAGGAGCCCUUGGUAGGUAGAGCCCGCCACAGCAUCCCCUAGACUCCACUAUGUUCCUCUUUUCCCGUAAGACCAAGACCCCCAUCAGCACCUACAGUGACUCCUACAGGGCUCCUACCUCCAUCAAGGAGGUCUAUAAGGACCCACCUCUGUGGGCCUGGGAAGCCAACAAGUUUGUGACCCCGGUAAGUGAAGAAUUGGGAUGGGGGGUUGGGAGUGGGGCAGGCAGGCCAGAGUGUAUGACUGUGUGUGUCUAGGUGACGGACAGUAUGUGGUUGUCAUGUGUUUGUAAUUACUUGCAGCACUGUGUGUGCAUGAUUCAUUUGCUUAGGCAUGGAAUCUGUAAUGAUAAAAUAGUACAAGGCCUGACCUCAUGGUGCCUGCCUACUCCAUCAGGGUAGGAGAUGGGGAGAGAUGGAUGAUCAUCAAGAAAUAAACAAGAGUUUUAUAAAUCGUCCAAAAUUCUUUGAAGGCAGGAAACAGGAAGUGGAAAGUAACAAGAGAGAGCUACUUCAAUAGGCUGUGGAAGAGGUCUCUCUCAAGAUGACAUUGGGCUGAGACUGGAUACAAGAACUAGCCAUGUGAAAAACAAAGAAUAGGGUCCCAGACAGAGUGAUCACAAACUGCAAAGACCCUGAAGCUGCCUGUGGGCUAUGCCUAUAGGUAUGUUUUUAUGCAUGCGUAUCACAGUCUUUGUGUCUGCACUUGGCCAAGUGGGGCUGUGCAGCUUUCAGAAAGUGGAGAGACGUGUGAGUCUAAUUGUGACUCUGCCUAAGGGUGUUUAUCUGUGUGUACCAUCCAACAAAACUUUGCUGAGUACACACGCCAGGUACAAUGCUGUUACGAUGAAGGGCCAGGCCCUGCCUAAGCGAAGCUCUCAGUAAAAAGUGAACAAAGAAGUCCACAUUGUGGCUUAGUGGAAAUGAAUCUGACUAGUAUCCAUGAGGAUGUGGGUUUGAUUCCUGCCCUUGCUCAGUGGGUUAAGGAUCCAGCAUUGCCGUGAGCUGUGGUGUAGGUCGCAGACUCAGCUCGGAUCUAGCACUGGUGUGGCUGUCGCAUAGGCGAGCAGCUGCAGCUCCAAUUACAGCCCUAGAACUCCCAUAUGCCACAGAUGCAUCCCUAAAAAGAAAAAAAAAAGUGAACAAACAAGGGUUGCCCAUGGAGUUCCCGUCAUGGCUCAAGGGUUAGCGCAUCCGACUAGCAUCCGUGGGGAUGCAGUUACCAUCCCUGGCCUCGCUCAGUGGGUUAAGGAUCCAGUGUUGCCGUGAGCUAUAGUUUAAGUUGCAGACAUGGCUUGGAUCCCAUGUUGCUGUGGCUCUGGCGUAGGCCAGUGGCUACAGCUCUGAUUCGACCCCUAGCCUGGGAACCUCCAUAUGCUGCAAGUGCAGCCCUAAAAAAACAAAAAGACCAAAAAAAAAAAAAAAAAAAAAAGAAAAAAGAAAAAGGGUCGCCCAGUGUGGAAUAUGAACCAGCAGAGGCAGAUGCCAGUAUAAGAGCCAAAAAGGAGAGCGCAUUCCUGGGACUUGACUGGCAGGUCUACUAAGAGGUCCAGGAGGAGGAUGCUUUGAGCAGAAGAGAGAUGUGAGAAAGGGAGGCCUGGGGCAGGGACCCGCUAGGAACCGAGAAGGAAAGCAGAGGGAGAGGCUAGCCCUGCAGGAAGCGAGGAGCCUGCACACCACCAAAGGCCUCAAGCUGUGUUGAGAAAUGCAGUCAUAAUGCUCCAGAUUUUUGAGCCUGGGAGUGUCAUGCUUGGAUUGUGAGUUAAACACUCCGGCCCCAGUGGCAGGAGAUUGGAGGGGCUGGGGCUGAGGGCAGGAAGCCCAGGGAGGUGGUGAAGGAUGAGGGAAGAGGAUGUAGGUAGGAGAUAAGGAGAGGCUGCAGCAGUGAAGAAAGGAAUUUGUUGAACAGGGAGAGAAUUUUUUAAAUAAUUUUUAUGGUUCUAGAAUCAAUACAUGCUUAAUGCAGAAAAUGGGGAUAACUCAGAGAAGCACAAAGAAAAAGGCCUAUUCUCUCACUACCCAAAAUAACCAACUGUUAAUUUAUUAUUAUAUGCCCUUUUAGCAAGCAAAUAUUUUAAUGAAGAUGGUGUCAUAUUGUAUACUAGUAUUUUGAAUCUUGCUUUUUUUCCCACAAAGCCAUAUAUCAAGUACAUUUUCCUGUGUCAAAAAUACUCUAUAAUGUAAUUUUAAUGACUGUACAGUAUUUUAUUUUAUGAAUGUACCAAAAUAUAGUUAAGGAAUCUUACAUUACUGGAAAUUUAGAUUGUUUAUAAAAUGUUGUUAGUAUAUUCAUUGUUGUACACUCUUUGUAUACAUUAACUAUUCCCUUAGGAUAAAUUCAUAGAUAUGCAAUUGUUGGGAGAAAGGGUAUGCACAUCUAAAAAACUUUGGAUAUACACUUCAAUUUGCUGUAAUAAAGGUUGUAAUACUGUACAUGCCCACCAGCAAAAUAAAAGAGUAUCUGCCUGCU